AUGCUGAUUGGACGAUACCAUUCUGCUGGAGCCCGGGAGUUUCGAGAUAGACCAGGGAACCAAGGAUCUGUUAUGGAAAAAUACAAGCCCAAGGCGCUCCGGGCCCGCACGGCAACAUCAAAAGGAUCCGUCUACCACCAAGCUGCAGGACGCAAGGUUCUGUCUUUUCUGCUCUGCAGUUCGGUGAAGCUCAGCCUUAUCUUGGUUCUGUCGCUGUCCAUGGCACACGUGUUGUGGGGUUAUCCUGUCCUCUCUUCCAAGGUGCCUGCGAAACCUGAUUACUUGCUCAUCCUACUGAGCAGCUGCCCAGCCAGGCUGGAGGAGAGCGACGGGCUAGCUUUCCUAAAGUCAAUUUUGGAGAAGACAUCGAUGAAAAGGUCCUUUCGCAACGGAGUCGGCUCGGGGGUGAAAAAAACUUCAUUUCAAAGAGCAAAGCAAUGA